AUGUUCAAAAUCGUCGCCUUGGCACGUCAGACCUUCGGUAGUGCCGUGUGUAUGAUCUCCUUGUUGGAUGACGAGAAGCAGUACUUCAAGGCUGAGGUUGGUUUCGAGAAGGUUGGAUUGGUGGGAUUGGAUGAGUUGCCCCGUGAUAUCUCUUUCUGUGGUCACACAAUUCUUCGUCCUGAGCCCAUGGUCAUCCUUGACGCCAACAAGGACUGGCGUAUGCAGAACAACCCGCUCGUGACGGAUGCUCCUCACGUUGCCUUCUAUGCUGGUGCCCCUAUCGUGUCUCCUGAGGGUCAUGCUCUUGGUACGUUCUGUGUUAUCGAUACCAAACCCCGCGAGAAGUUCGGUAAGGACGAGCGUGCUAAGCUCCAGGAAUUCGCGCGUCUUGCUAUGGCCGAGAUUGAGAACCUCUACCAUGACAACCAGACUGCUAAGGCAGAGUCUAUGCAGCGCUCC